AUGUCGAAACCACAAGUUUUAUUUCUUGGUGAUUUGAAUGAGGAUCUACCUACGUAUCAGCAAUUUAAAUCUAAGUACGAGAUCUUGAAUUAUAAAUUAACUACAAGAGAACAAUUUAUAAAUGAUUUGGAUUCCAAGUUUUCAAACAUAGUUGCAAUAUAUGCAUCCUGGCUCGGUUUCAUGCCCAUUGGAGGAAUAAGACAAGUUAUUUCACAUAUUCCAGACUCAUUGAAAGUUGUUUCAUUCUGUUCAGUCGGUUAUGACCAUGAGGAUCUGAAAAUUUUAGCAGAUAAAGGAAUUGUCAUGACUAAUGUUCCUGCUGAUUUUGCAGCAGAGCCAGUCUCAGAUCUAGUUUUAUAUUUAACAAUUGCUUCCUUUAGACAAUUUCAAAUGUACUCACAUAUUGCCAAUGUCCCACAUACCAUAGAUUAUAGAUAUAAAUUAGCGCAAGGUGAAUUUGAUAAGGAAAAAGGUGCCGUCGGUUUAGCUAGUGGUGAGAAAUAUCAUUUUGGUCAAUAUAUAAGUAAAAGACCAAAUUUAUCACCUAUGGGACAUAAUGUUGUAAUUAUCGGGUUUGGUAAAAUUGGUCAAAAAAUAGGUAAGAAGUUAAAUGAUAUUGGCAUGAAUGUAAAUUAUGUAAAAAGAAACAAAUUGGAGAAAGAAAAGGAAGAAGAAUUAGGAUAUCCUGUUAGAUAUUAUAAGAAGUUGGAAGAAGUAGAAGGUGAUGUUGAUUUAAUCGUUAUUGCUGCUCCUUCAACUCCAGAAACACAACAUUUAAUAAAUGAAAAUAUCAUAAAUGGAUUUAAAAAGCCAAUUAGGAUUAUAAAUAUAGGUAGAGGUUCUAUAAUUGAUGAAAAAGCAUUAAUUGCAGGUUUAAAAUCAGGUAAAGUUUUAUUUGCAGGGUUAGAUGUUUUUGAAAAUGAACCACAUAUAAAUCCAGAAUUAUUAAAUAGACAAGAUGUUAUAUUAACUCCACAUAUAGGUGCUUCAACAGUUGAAAACUUCGAUUAUACUGCAGUACAAGCUUUGAAAAAUAUUGAGUACGUAAUUGAAAAAGGUAAAGCUAUAAAUCCAGUAUACUAA